GUGGGGAUUCUGGGAGCAGAGCUCAUUUCCUCCUCCCGGCCGCCCCUGGCCUGCAUCCCAUCUCCACGUGCGGCGCCCGGGGCGCACGGCCGAGCGGCGGAGGAUGCUGGGCAUGUACGUACCAGACAGGUUCGCCCUGAAGUCGUCCCGGGUCCAGGACGGGAUGGGGCUCUACACGGCCCGCCGCGUGCGCAAGGGUGAAAAAUUUGGACCCUUUGCUGGAGAGAAGCGAAUGCCUGAAGACUUGGAUGAAAAUAUGGACUACCGACUGAUGUGGGAGGUUCGUGGGAGCAAGGGAGAAGUUCUGUACAUUUUGGAUGCUACCAACCCGAGACACUCCAACUGGCUUCGCUUUGUUCAUGAGGCACCAUCUCAGGAGCGGAAGAACCUGGCUGCCAUUCAAGAAGGAGAAAAUAUUUUCUACUUAGCAGUUGAUGAUAUAGAAACUGAUACUGAGCUUCUGAUUGGUUACCUGGACAGUGAUGUGGAGGCAGAGGAGGAGGAGCAACAAACUCUGACCUUGACCAAAGAAGGCAAAGUUGACCACUCCAAGGGACAGUCAGCAGCUGGAAGCAAAGGUCACCUGGACUGUGAAGAGGACUAUGCCUGUCCACAGUGUGAAUCGAGCUUCUCCAGUGAGGAGAUCCUUACUGAGCACCGGCAGACCUUGCACCAGAAGCCCACAGGGGAGAAAGAGUUCAAAUGCCAGAGCUGCGGGAAGAAGUUCCCCGUGAGGCAGGCCUUGCAGAGACAUUUUGAGCAGCACCAGAAGGCUUGCCGAGGGGAUGCCAGGUUUGUGUGCAAAGCCGACAGCUGUGGGAAGAGGCUGAAAAGCAAGGAGGCUCUGAAAAGGCACCAGGAAAAUGUCCACACUGGUGAUCCUAGGAGAAAGCUCAUAUGCUCAGUGUGCAAUAGAAGGUGCACUUCAGUGUCCAGCCUGCAGGAGCACAGGAAGAUCCAUGAAAUAUUUGAUUGUCAAGAAUGUAUGAAAAAGUUUAUUUCUGCUAAUCAGCUGAAACGUCACAUGAUCACCCACUCAGAAAAGCGACCUUAUAAAUGUGAGAUCUGUAACAAAUCAUUCAAGAGGCUUGAUCAAGUGGGCGCCCACAAAGUAAUCCACAGUGAAGAUAAACCCUAUCAGUGCAAGCUUUGUGGAAAGGGAUUUGCUCACAGAAAUGUUUACAAGAACCACAAGAAGACUCACUCUGAGGAGCGGCCAUUUCAAUGUGACGAAUGCAAAGCUUUGUUCCGCACCCCAUUUUCUCUGCAAAGACACCUGUUGAUCCACAACAGUGAAAGGACUUUCAAGUGCCAUCACUGUGAUGCCACAUUUAAAAGGAAGGACACACUAAAUGUUCAUGUCCAAGUGGUCCAUGAAAGACACAAGAAGUACCGAUGUGAGCUGUGCAGUAAGGCCUUCGUUACGCCGUCAGUGCUCAGGAGCCAUAAGAAAACACACACAGGAGAAAAGGAGAAAGUCUGCCCAUAUUGUGGCCAGAAAUUCGCCAGCAGUGGGACCCUGAGAGUUCACAUCCGGAGCCACACAGGUGAGCGUCCCUAUCAGUGCCCGUACUGUGAAAAAGGAUUCAGUAAAAAUGACGGACUGAAGAUGCACAUUCGAACUCAUACGAGGGAGAAGCCAUACCAGUGCUCAGAGUGCAGCAAGGCCUUCAGCCAGAAGCGGGGCCUGGAUGAGCACAAGAGGACGCACACAGGGGAAAAGCCUUUUCAGUGUGACGUUUGUGACUUGGCUUUUAGCCUGAAGAAAAUGCUCAUCCGACACAAGAUGACUCACAAUCCAAACCGCCCCAUGGCAGAGUGCCAUUUUUGUCAUAAGAAGUUUACAAGAAAUGACUACCUCAAAGUGCAUAUGGACAAUGUUCAUGGUGUAGCAGACAGCUGAUGGUAGCUGUCAAGGAACCGAACCAUGUAGAAGGGGCUUCUAAUAUGAAUUCCAGAUUCUUAUCACCUGAUCAGCUUAACAGAAAUAACCAAAAGCAGUACAUUGAUCUCACAGCGUUCAUUUGCCUAUCUUUGGACUUUAUAGAUGGACAUGUAAACAAAAAUCUUACUUUUACCAAAAAGAAAUGCAAAUAAAAAAUAAUUCUUUGUAGCUUACAAAAUGCUUUAAGUUAUGUUUGUGUUCUAGCUGAUUAAAAACUAAAUAAAAAGUUA